UAAAAGAAAGCUUCACACGUGUUAUAAUUUGAAUUUAAAAUUGCAAAUUUUAAUCUGCUAUCUUUGCAUUAGGAUCUUUGAACUUAGAACACAGCACUGCAGUUAAAUUUAGAUGCAAUGAGACUAGACACUGUUUUAAGUUUAAAGUUAGCUCAGACAUAGCCCAGUUAGGGCUUCUAGGAGAAUCACGGAAUCUAUUCGAAUGGAGUCAAUCGUAUUUCAUUAAAAUUUUCAUAUCAAAUCUGGACCGAGGAUGCCGUCGCCGAGUGGAAACAAAGAACCUGACGACAGUCAUACAUGGGAGCUAGCAGAGAGGUGCCUAUUACCGAUAGCAUUUUCACAUGCGAUCGCAGUCAUCCUGGCAACUAUACUGAAUACCUUUGGGAUUUCACAAACGUCUAGCUUCGUGCUCUUCGUAUUGCUAUUGAUUAUAUCCAUAGGAUCCACGUUAUUCUAUCACAAUCUAAAGGUUACUGCAGCGGGAAAGGCGAUAUUAAUCACAGGUUGCGAUUCACGAGUCGGAUGUGCUUUAGCUAAACAACUGGAUGACUUGGGCUUCACCGUAUUUGCUGGAUUCAGCAAUAAAGCUGAGAAUGAAGAGGUCAUGCAGAGAUUAAAAGACGACGCUUCUGGAAGACUGCACGUGCUACAAUUGGAUGUUACCAGCGAGCGUGAUAUACACUCAACCUUUCUUUAUGUCAAUGAAAACUUGCCGGACGGAGCACCUGGAUUGUGGGCACUCGUGCAUGCUGCUGCUUGGGUGACGCUCGGAGAAUGCGAGUGGGUGCCCCCAUCUGUUCUCAAGCGAAGCAUAGACAUCAAUCUCAUUGGCUUGGCACGUUUAACUCAGGUAUUUCUACCUUUAGUCAGAAGAUCAAAGGGUCGAAUUGUUCUCGUUAGCAGUCUCUUGGCGCGAAUACCGAGUCCCGUCCGAGGCAUUUAUUGCGCGCUCAAGGCCGCAGUGGAAGCUUGGGGAUCUUGUUUAAGACUCGAGAUGCGGAGAUGGGGAGUGGACGUCGUGAUUGUCGAAACUGGAGAGUAUGUAUCUGGUAAUGCGUGGCUGAAGGACAACACCGCGCUGCUGGAACAAGCCAGAGAUAUGUGGACUCAGCUGGAUCCUCAGACUCGCAAGGAAUAUGGUCAGGAAUUGUUUCAAGCCGAAAUGCUGGCCCUGGAAAAAUACACCCAAGGACCGGAAGCAGAUUUGACCGCCGUUACGAGAACUCUAACAGAUGCUGUGGUAAAGACUUUCCCGAUGCGACGGUACACACCAGUAUCGCGUAAUGAAAGAUUGCAGGCAUUGUGUAACCAUUAUUUACCAAAACCAAUCUAUGACGUAUUGUAUACAAAUUAAAUACUUUCUGUGUAAUACGUACUGACAUGUCAUCAAUGCUCAAGAUACAGCUAAAAAAGGAAUACAUUUUUUUUGAAUAGAUUACAUUAUAAAAACAAAAAUAAAGCAGGUUUUUUUCUUAGCAGGUCCUGUAAUUAUCUAAAUCACUGCCUAUGUAAAAGGAGUUGCAGACAAACAUUGUACAAAUUUAAUAAAGUUACUCUAGAAUGUAUACUCUUCAAAA